GGGUGUGAGUGGUGAACCCUGGAGCCUGGACCAGUGGUGGCCUAGUGGUGGCCAGCGCAGGACGUGCCACACACGCGCUCACCAUACAACACACACUCGUGGGAUCAUUCUACACCAUCACUCUCCAGGUGCCAGCGAGCGAGUACAGUACCUGCCUGCACCACGACCCGGGAGCUACACAGCUAUAACAACCGCUUCUCUAGCGGCUGUCUUAGCACAGCAGGCAGCUACACAACGUUAACCAUAGCAGUCUUCACAACAGUUACAGCUGUCUUCAAUCCCUACAGCAGCAGUUGUUUAUACAGCACCAAGAGCCACGGACUGCACAGCAGGUGCAGUAGCAACUCUCCACACAGCACUAAAAGAAGUAGUCUUCACAACAGCAACAGCUGCAGCAAGUAUCCACACAGCACUAGACACAAUAUUCUUCAUAGUUAAUACAGCAAAAGGAUGCGGUUGUCGCGAUUCUGCAGCAAUGCAGUGGGCGCCUCGCUCCUGCUGGUGGUUGUGGGCGUGCGGACGAGCCUGGGCAUAAGGAGUAUGGUGAGGGGCGGACAGGCGCGGGACGUGGCCCUGGGCAGCAACACACUACAGGGGCUACAGAGCAUGUGGUACAAGGACAGCCAGGAGGAAGACCGUGUACUGGUGCUCGACCCCCGAGACACUUGGAAAGCCUUCAUUCGUAACUCUGAACGGCAGAAGAAGGCCCGCAAACGUAAGAACCGCAAGAAAGGCCGCAGGAACCAAAUCCCUGUACCGAGGGAGGGUCCAGAGGGUCCUCCGGGGCGUCGGGGACCUCAGGGGCCCGCAGGACCUCCCGGGGGCACCCUCACCACGCAGGAGAUGGAGGAGUACAUAAAGGACUUUCUCAGAGACUACCUGCAGAAUAACAAUAACACGCUCAAUGUGACGGGGCUGCUGGAGGAGGAAGAGGAGGAGGCCCAACAGAAGUCAAACAAAAUGCGGGUGAAGGCUGCCUUCACCGCCACACUGCCGCAGCCAUUAGUCCUCAAGCCCUCAGGACUUGCUAUUGUCGACACUUUCACCAUCACGUUCUCGCCGGGGGUGUUUGAGCGAAGGAUGGUGGUGGAACACGGAGGCUUCACCGUCACCAAGAAAGGCAUCUACCAGGUGGCGGCGUCCCUGGUGCUCCACCCACGGGGCAGACCCAACACCCCUCUUAGAGCGCUUAACGACGUCAGUGUUUACCUGUGUAUCAGCACCUGCAGCAAGGACAGGCGUCGGCUGGAGUGGUCAGGGUCGCUGGGUGAUGGCUCAGUGACGGCGGUGUUGUCGGGCCACGUCCUCCUCCUGAGGGGCGAUACACUACUCGUCGCCGUCGACAACCCCACCAAGCGACCGCUGCAGGUCGGGACAGGCUCCAGCUUCUCGGCGGCGUUGAUCGGAGUAUAAACACUAGGAAGCCGAGGUCUGUGUUGACGAGCUGGAGCCAAUCGAAACAUUGACGGGUGAAGCCCAGAUGAAGAGAAAAGAAACACCCUGUGGAAAUUGUAUGAGGAUUUUUUUUAAUUGAUAAACUCUCAGAAAUUAUUGUUUUUGUUUGUGAAAAUCAAUUUCAAUGAGAGAUUAGUUGUGUGAAACAAUGUGCUUGAGAAAUUGGUGAGAAGAUAAAAAAAACAGUGAAAGCAUGCAAUAGUGAAACACUGUCCCAUUGAAAAUCUGUCUUAUCAAAACUAUGGUUACGAGAAACUGACUAAUGAACUGGGAAAGAGAGAGAUUGUCUUGGUGAGAGACAUUGAUGGUUAUGGACUCCGAGUGAGAAAGUGAGUAGAACAUUGAUUGAGUUAAGACGUCUUCAUGACACCUGUGAGGCGCCGAUGGUGUUACCACUCCGCGAGUCCCGACUACUGCCAGUGUCUCCACAGCCAUUUAAUUAAAUUAUUACUACAGGAGGCUGUACCUGGCUGACUUGAACUUGUAUAUAUGUAUUUUGUGUCUUGUCGACGUAGAGGAGAAGCGCUUGCUAAUCCUCACAUGAUGUUUCAUUUACCUGUUAAUCACAGUGUGCGGCAGUGACUGUUGUGUACAAAAUGUGGCUACUUGAUUACCUUAAUAUUUCUUAAACAAAUAAUCAAAAUAUGAACAAAAUUGUUCCAGAAAAUGUCGAUGCUUUUGUUGUUUAGCGUUCAAGAAAGUGUGAGGCUCCCCGUUUCAGGGAGAUCGUUUGCCUCUCGACUCAACUGGGAUUGACUCACUCGUGUUUCCUCGCUAUAUCACUGGAAUUUAGAUUUGUCCCUUCUGAUGUGAAGGGUGUAGGGUCAUCCCAAUCUACCAUGAACUCCUUUACCGUUUCAUGUUUAACAUAGAUUUCGACUUUCAUUGUUUCCACGAGACAAGAAUUGAUAGUCUCCAGAGACGCCGCCCACCGCUCCUGCCCCACACAUUCGCCCCCUCGCGUGUGGCGGGUCACUCACCACUACAACUCCCUCCCUCCAAAGCUUCAUUCCAUGUAAUAUAAUGCAGCUUUUUGUAUUUUAACUCAUGUACAAACGAUGGUUAGAAGUGUAUCAUGUCAAUAAAAAGUCUUAUUUAGCUAUCCGAAUUAUGUAAAAUAUAGUCUGUUAAGUACUGUAUAGAACGAGGUAGCGUCGUCGUCCUCGCAGUGUUCGUACAUUCCAGGGACGUAGCCAUUAUGCUGAAGGUGUACCACUCUAGCUAACACUUUCUCCUUCUCUAUGUUGCUGUAGUAUACUUCUGUGUAAAUAAAAUAUUUAAGUAAUAUCUAAAACUAUUGUGUACUCCUUUUCUUGUACUUGACGUCCACACAGAUUAAAGUAUGUAGUGUUGUUUUGGACGGAGGUUCUACGCCUGUAUGGCCUUCACCUUGAUGAAAGCUGAUAAAUGGAAUAUAAACAUAUGUGUGUGAAUAAAGUAUUUAAAGUAUAUUCAAAGCUAUCA